UGAAUGAACGGGAGGAGGAAGAAGAUCUUACAUUAGCUCCUGCCGGCUGCGGGGACUCAGGCAGUUGACAGAAACCCAGGCAGAGGGACUCAGUGAGAACAACACUGACAGCUUUUUUGGGGAAACACGGGGCGACAAAUGAAAGCCAAACAAAAAAUCAAUUAAUUAUUAUUAUUUUUUGUAUCUGUUUGGCAACCUCUUGUUUUCCAGAAGAUUUUUACGCAGCGCAAAAGAGUACAGAAAACGCCGCAGAGAUGAGUGUUGCGUGGUUUUACGUGCUCUUGAAGGAUCAUCUCUCUUGAUAAAGGGACCAAAGCGGACAAAACAAGGUUGCCCGUGAUAUUUUCUAAAAGAAGAUUGCAAAGGUGGAGCGAUUAGAGAAGGGCUGAUGAAGGGACUAUUAAUCCUUUCAGUGCAUCAAACGUGCCAAGGGGUACUAGAAACGUUUGGAUGGAAAUCGGGCGAGUGUUUGGAACUGUUUUUGGUUUUAUAUGAAACUGGUGAUUAGUAGUUGUUGUGACACAUCUGGAAGGAUUUUUUUCUCUCUCUGAGAUUUUAAUAAGGAGUAAAAUUUCGCUUUUUUUUAACCCACCACCGAAAGGUUUGAUAACAUGAGCGAUAUCUCUGCGUGAAUACUCAGAAACUUACAUCUCUAUCUUUUUUCUCUCUUCAAGUAUUCCUAAUCUAAAUGGAAUUAGUUGAGCCUAAAGCCGUUUGUGAAAGGAACAGACAUGCUACAUGGGCACAGCUUCCAUCACGUUGUUGCAAGUCUACUCAUACUUGGGUUGUGUGGGGCAACAAAGAAGGAUACAGCAGUGAAAAACAAUUCUGGAGUGAAGCCUGCAGGUCAGUGUGGAACGUGGGUAAAGGAAGCAGAAGGAGGGCUCUUCACUUCUCCCAAUUACCCAAACAAAUACCCCCCAGACACAGAGUGUGUUUACAUCCUUGAAGCUCCCCCAAGGCAGUGUAUCGACCUACACUUUGACGAGAAUUAUUCAAUCGAGUCCUCUUGGGAAUGUAAAUUUGACAACAUUGAGGUACGAGAUGGACCGUUUGGCUUCUCCCCGAUUCUCGGACGGUACUGCGGUCAGCACAGCCCGCCUGACAUCAGGAGUAGCGGCAGAUAUCUGUGGAUAAAAUUUGUUACGGAUGGUGAACUGGAAGCAGUGGGAUUUUCGGCAAGUUACAACUUUACUGCAGAUCCAGACUUUGGAGACAUGGGAAUACCCCCACCUCUGCCCUCCUGUCAGUAUGACAUGGUUGGCCCAGAAGGUAUCGUCGAGUCUCAUCAGAUCACCAGAGACGGAAAGGCCGGUGCCACAGAGGCCGUCGACUGUAAAUGGUACAUCCGUGCCCCGCCGCGCUCCAAGAUCUACCUGCGUUUUCUCGACUAUGAGAUGGCAAAUUCCAAUGAAUGCAAGCGCAACUUUGUGGCAGUGUAUGAUGGCGGCAGUUCAGUGGAAGACCUGAAGAGCAAGUUCUGCUCCACGGUGGCCAACGACAUCAUGCUGGUUUCCACGCUGGGAGUCAUCAGGAUGUGGGCAGACGAGGCCAGCCGCAAAAGUCGCUUCCGCAUCCUUUUCACAACCUACCAAGAACCUCCAUGUGAUGCAGAUGCCUUCUUCUGUCACAGUAACAUGUGCAUAAAUAACACACUUGUGUGUAAUGGCAUGCAGAACUGUGUCUACCCCUGGGAUGAGAACCAGUGUAAAGAAAAGAGGAAAGCCAACAUCCUGGACAACCUGAACAACACUAAUGGGACCAUAAUUGGCGUCACCUGUUGCAUUGUCUUCAUUCUCCUCAUCAUCUCUGUUAUUGUCCAGAUCAAGCAGCCACGCAAAAAGUAUAUCUUGCGACGUGAGGACUUUGACCCCACCAUGUUCCAGGAGGUCUUUGAGCCACCUCACUAUGAGCUGUGUACGUUACGGAGCGCCACCACACCCACAGCGGCCUCAGCAGACUUAGUCGACCUGGCUGAAGACUUUGAGAACUACCACGCCCUUCGCCGUGCCUCUUCCCGCUGCGUUCACGAUCACCACUGUGGCUCCUCCUCCAACCCCGGCUCCGCGCACAUAUCCCAGCUGUCACUCAGUGCACGAGAGAGCCGGGGCAACUUGAGCGCCCGUGAUGCUGCGGCUGCCACUCUGCUCACAGACCUUCCGCAGCCUUCCAUGGCAGUGCGGCCAUUGUUGCCGGCCACGGGAAAUCGCAGGAGCAUCUUGGUCAUGAAGCACAGCUACUCACAAGAGGCAGCAGACAAUGGAUGUGACCUGGACGACGACCUGGAAGAAGUUCCCACCACCAGCCACCGGCUUUCACGCCACGAAAAGGCAGUACAGCGGUUCUGCCUCAUUGGCUCUUUGAGCAAACAUGAAUCAGAGUACAACACCACUAGGGUCUAAGAGACAAUCUCAAGGUAAGCACCCUUAUCCAACAAUCAACAUCUUUAUAUGUUGUUGUGUAUCCAUCGUUUGCCCAGUUAAUAUAUACUUUUAUGUAUUUUAUUUUUCUGUGAUUUUUUUUUGUUUUGCGCAGGUUUAUAUUUUAUUUUAUUUUUUUAUGUUUAUGUUUGAAUUGUUCAUUUUCACCAAGAUGGUUUUCUUGCUUGCAGCCAUCUUGGCCGUGUUGAGUUUGUUUGAAGUCUUUGUGAUGCUCAAGUUUACUGUAUGUCCUCUUCCCCUUGAAGGCAUACAUUAAGUCACUCAGUGGAUAUUCAUUAGCAUGGACUUCUCCAAUUUCAUCUUUAGUUGGUGCUGGUAUCAGUUAAUAUGUCUAACCCCUUCCCAGCUCUCCUUAGUUAGCCUACAGAAAAUCAUACUUCACUUAAGUUCACAUAAAGGCCCAAAAGGGAAAAGCACACACUCAAAUGUUUUUAUUACAACAUCACAUUACAUGCUUUAAAGGAGGCACAUUGAGAUGAUGUAAAUAUCCUGUUAGUCUUUACUUAUCACACACUCAUAAAGAAGUCCUCUGUAGAUUUGCAUGAUCAGUGGUAGUAUUUGAUUUUGUGUUUGGUUAAUUGCGAAGCGUAGUGUUUAUAGCUGUGUGUAACAUUUGAUGUGCGUAUGCUCCUUAAAUGUGCUUUCAUGAAGUUGCAAAAAGCACCAUAUGAAACAACGAUAGCAAUGCAUACAUUUGAAAUGUAUGUAACUUUUCUGAUUCAUAUUUGAAUUUAAUUGACAAUUAAAGUUUCAUUUGGUUUAAAUGUGACUCAGCGAUAUAUAAGAUCAUGCUUGCAGCUUCAUGCCUGCGUAAGAUGGAGUAGCCACAUAAAAUGCUACCCACUGUUUUGUCUUCUACUGUGAAAAAAUGUGCUGUCCUGAUAUACAUAUGUGUGUUUGUGUGUGUGUGUGUGUCUGCUUAUGUUCUGCAUUAUGUUGCAUUGUCUCCAUCAUGUAGACUUCUUGAGAAUAGUGCAAUCCUGGAUCAGUACGAACGGGCGUCACUGACAUAUGAAAAAACGG